AUGGCUAUGCCUUCUCGGUCUCUUGAUCAGUUGCUCCAAAUCGUCGUCGUCGACGUCAUCGAGCCGUACAUCGACUGGCGCCACGUCAUCCUCAUCAAUUCCCUCUACCACCAACCGAUGAUGCCCAUUCUGAGGGUGACGACGGCGACGCGCCUUGGCCGCCAGAUCUGCACCGGGAAUUGGGGUGUCAAGAGGAACGUAGUGGAAUUGAGGAAAAACUUUUUAAUCCAC